GCAAAAUACACUACGUUAGUCUGCUGCCAUGCCUACAAAGUACUGCAUGACGUACAGCAUUGCUAUUGGCAGUGUAGCAAUUAACAAGUAUUUGAUAUACUUGAAGGAAGUCAUUCAAGUAAACUGCAUGGAUUCUUUCUAUUGUGUAGAUGCUAGAUAGCGAUAACAUCUACAACAGCUACUACUACAAUGGUCAACGUAAAGUAAAAGAAACUACUAGAACCUACAUGUGUCAUCGCUUGAAUUCCUUGUAUGAAGCAUGUAUAACACUAAAACCGACCUACAUAUGAAAUCAACAUUACUUGGUAACCCUAAGGCAUUGAGUCUGACUUCAUAGGAAAGGGUUUCCCUUUAUAUAGAGCAACAAUCUUACUAUGAUGAUGAUAGUCUUACUUCCCGUCCUGUUUUCUAGGAAACCGAAGCUGGGCGUCACUGUCAAUAUCUCCCUUGUGAUAUUGAGCUGGGUAUCGUAUGGUGCCCUGAGCCUGCUAAAUCCUAUCGCGGGACAAGCGGGAAUCGGCAAUUCUUAUUUCUGGACACCCUGUAGGAUGGGUCCGUACAUCAUGGGUAUGCUGCUGGCGUACCUGCUCUUCAGGACCAACAGCAAAGUGCCCAACACCAGAGCUACUAAGGUUUGGAUGUUACUAGGAUGGGCUGUUGGCAUAACCUUGGGGCUUGUGGCAACCAUGACACCUACCGUGCUGAGGGUUGUGAGCACAGACAUCAAUAUCAGGGCAAACAUCGGUUGGGAGUCCGUAGAGAGGAGCAUAUUCUCCGCUGGAGUUUGCUGGGUUAUCUACGCCUGUUGUGUUGGAUACGGUGGUAAAUAUCUGUAUUAAUAGUAGACAUAUUAUAUAAUUAUAAGAGUGAAAAACAAACAUUCUAGGUCGACGUGAGUAACCUCCAUAAUCAUCAUUGCUGUUGAUGUUUGAUUUCUAGG